AUGGAUGCAUUGGGACAUGCCCAGAAACUGCUUUUUCACGUGGCCUAUGUCCUCAUCAAAUUUGCCAACUCCCCGAGGCCGGACCUCUGGGUACUUGAGAGAUCCACAGACUUUGGACUCACCUACCAACCUUGGCAGUACUUUGCCUCAAUGACAAAGCGGGCAUGGGAGAUGCCAGAGUGCUGCUGCUACACAUCUCAGCCCCAGCAGCCCACGAUGCCUGCAUCCAAGAGGGACUGCAUUGAGAAGUUUGGACUUCAGACACUAGAGCGAAUCACCAGGGAUGAUGAUGUCAUCUGUACCACUGAAUACUCUCGCAUUGUACCUCUGGAAAAUGGGGAGAUUGUGGUAUCUCUGGUGAAUGGGCGUCCAGGGGCCAUGAAUUUUUCAUACUCCCCACUCCUUCGGAAUUUCACCAAGGCCACUAACAUCCGCCUUCGUUUUCUACGCACCAAUACUCUUCUUGGCCACCUAAUGGGGAAGGCGCUACGAGACCCCACUGUCACUCGCCGGUAUUACUACAGCAUCAAGGAUAUCAGCAUUGGGGGUCGCUGUGUCUGCAAUGGUCACGCAGAUGUCUGUGAUGCCAAAGAUCCCACAAACCCCUACAGGCUCCAAUGUGCCUGUCAGCACAACACCUGUGGUGGUGCCUGUGACCGCUGCUGUCCUGGCUUUAACCAACUGCCCUGGAAACCUGCCACGAUGGACAGUGCUAAUGAGUGUCAGUCCUGUAACUGUCAUGGGCAUGCACAUGACUGUUACUAUGAUCCAGAAGUGGAUCGGCACAAAGCUAGUAAGAACCGGGACAACGUCUACGAAGGUGGAGGUGUCUGUAUUGACUGCCAGCACCACACAACUGGCAUCAACUGUGAGCGCUGUAUCCCUGGUUAUUAUCGGUCACCUGAGCAUCCCAUUGACUCCCCCUAUGUCUGCUACCGUUGCAAUUGUGAGUCAGACUUCACAGAUGGGACAUGUGAGGACCUGACUGGUCGUUGCUACUGCAAACCCAACUACACAGGGGAGCGAUGUGAUGCAUGUGCCAAAGGCUUCACAGAUUUCCCCCACUGCUAUCCUGUGCCCUCAUUCUCCCACAAUGACACUGGGGCACAGGUGCUUCCAGCUGGACAGAUUGUGAACUGUGACUGCAGCGCAGCUGGGACCUUGGGAAAUGCCUGCCGGAAAGACCCAUACAUUGGCCAAUGCGUGUGCAAACCCAACUUCCAGGGUGUACACUGUGAGCAGUGUGCCCCAGGCUACUAUGGGCCAGGCUGCCUGCCCUGCCAGUGCUCCGGGCCUGGCCAGACUGGUAGCAAUUGUGACAAUGAGACGGGGCAGUGUGUGUGCCGCACUGGCUUCGAGGGCCCUGCCUGUGACCGCUGUGCCCCUGGCUACUUCAGCUAUCCGCUCUGCCAAUUAUGUGGCUGUAGCCCUAUAGGAACCCUGCCUGAGGGCUGUGAUGAGUCUGGGAGAUGCUUCUGCCGUCCCGAGUUUGAUGGGCUGCACUGUGACCGCUGCCAAGCUGGCUACCACUCCUACCCCCAGUGUCAAGUUUGUUCCUGUGACCCACGAGGCUCGCUGGACCAAUUAUGCAGUGGGGCUGGAAUGUGUCACUGUCGGGCUGGCUAUGCCGGGUCUACCUGCCAGGAAUGUGCCCCUGGCUAUUUUGGAUUCCCCAACUGUAUCCCUUGUCACUGCUCUGAGGCUGGGUCCCUCCACAUCAGCUGUGACCCUGAGACUGGGCAGUGCAGCUGCCGACCACGAGUGACCGGUCUGCACUGUGACGCAUGUGUGCCCGGGACCUACGGGUUCCCCCGCUGUGAAGUUGGCUCCUGUGAUCCAGCUGGCCAGGCCUCAGCCACCUCCUCUCUCUCUGAGUGCAGGAUCCUCCCUGGACAGCUGUUUGCCGAUUCUUAUAAUGGAGAAGGGGAGCACUACCUUCUCAAUGGUGGUUCAUCAGAACUCUGGGGUUCCUGUGAGUGCCGGGCUCAUGUGGAGGGUCCAAGAUGUGAUAGGUGCAAGCCUCUCUAUUGGAACCUGAGCCCAGCUAAUCCCUACGGCUGCAGAAGCUGUAGCUGUGACCCUCGGGGUACCAUCAAUGGAGUGGCUGAAUGUCAACAGGGCAGCGGACAGUGUUUCUGCAAACCCAACGUCUGUGGGCAGAUGUGUACCUCCUGCAAGGAUGGCUACUUCAGACUAGACCAUGCAGAUUACUUCGGCUGUCAGACCUGUCAAUGUGAUAUUGGGGGAGCCCUGGCCCAGGGCUGUGAGCCACAGACGGGGACCUGUCAAUGCCGGCCCAACACACAGGGGUCCACGUGCAGUGAGCCUGCAAGAGACCAUUAUCUCCCAGACUUGCACCACAUCAGGUUUGAGCUAGAGGAGGGAUCCACACCUGAUGGCCGGCCUGUGCGUUUUGGCUAUAACCCCUUGGAGUUUGAGAAUUUCAGCUGGAGGGGCUACGCACAGAUGACCCCUGUUCAGCCCAAAGUAGUGGUGAAACUCAAUGUUACAUCACCUGAUCUGUUCCAUCUUGUUUUCCGCUAUGUCAACCGGGGUUCCACGAGUGUGAAUGGGAAGGUUUCAGUCCUUGAGGAAGGGAAGUUUAACACCUGCAGCAACUGCACAGAGCAGACCCGUCAGGUCAUAUUUGCACCCAGCACAGAGCCCGUGUUUCUUACUGUGCCCCAGAACAGCUACGGGGAACCCUUUGUCCUGAACCCCAGUAUCUGGUCCCUGGUUAUUGAGGCUGAAGGUGUCCUACUGGAUUAUGUGGUCCUGCUUCCCAGUGCAUACUAUGAAGCCCCCAUACUGCAGGUGAAGGUGACUGAGGCCUGUACCUACAACCCCAAACCUGAGCAAGUCAGGAAUAACUGCCUCUUGUACACCUACCUCCCACUAGAUGGCUUCCCCUUUGCAAGCGGGACUGAUGCCAUAUGCCGCCUGGACAAUAGUCUACCCAAGGCUUGCCAGAUGGAACAGCCUAGUUCCUCUCACCCACCGCUGGCCACUUGCUGGGGCAAUGAUGUGGAUGUCCAAGUGCAAAUUGUCGUGCCCCAGCCUGGCCAGUAUGCACUUGUAGUGGAGUAUGCCAAUGAGGAUGACCUUCAGAGUGUGAGUGUGGCUGUGCACACGCCCCAGUGGACCCCACAGCAAGGACUGCUCACUCUCUACCCCUGCCAGUACAGCUUCUUGUGCCGAGGUACUGUCUUAGAUUCCCAGAAUCGCCUCGAAGCUUUUGAGCUCACUGGUGAGGCUAACAUUCGGCUCACAGCAGAACAAGCAAGGUUCUUACUGUACCGCAUCUACCUGGUCCCCAUGAGCAAGUUCACCACAGAGUUUGUGGAACCCAGAGUUCAUUGCAUCAGUAGUCAUGGGUCCUUUGGACUGAGCAGUGGUUCCUGCAUCCCUUCACGCUUCCAGAAGCUAUCCCAGCCCAUCGUACUAACAGAGUGUAAGGUCCUGCCUGUGCCCCCCGACUUCCCAUUGAGCCACAUGCACACUGUCACUCCUGCUGGACCCCCAGUGAGUUCUCAGCCUCGCCCUCCAACAGCUGCAGAUCCCACCAGUGAUCCCACCCUCCUGCAGUCCCCCCAGAGCACUGUCGUGUUUAGCACUCACAUCCAGACACUAGGGAGAUAUGCCUUCCUGCUCCAUGGCUACCAACCCAACCACCCUACUUUCCCUGUGGAGGUAGUCAUCAAUGGUGGCCGGAUCUGGCAUGGUCAGGCCAAUGCCACCUUCUGCCCCCAUGCUUAUGGUUGCCGCAGCCUGGUCGUGUGCGAGGGUCAGAUCGUCCUGGAUGUGACAGACAAUGAGCUGACUGUGACUGUCCGUGUGCCUGAGGGUCAGCAGCUCUGGCUGGACUAUGUGCUGGUUGUCCCUGAGGAUGGCUAUAGUUCCAACUACCUCCGAGAGGAGCCUCUAGACAAAUCCUAUGACUUCAUCAGUCUCUGUGCAGCCAAUGGCUUUUACAUCAGCCCCACCAGCUCACCUCCAUUCUGCCAGAAUGCUGCCAUCUCCCUUUCCCUCUUCUACAACAAUGGGGCCCAGCCCUGCCACUGCCACGAAGUGGGAGCCAUGAGCCCUACCUGUGAACCCUUUGGGGGCCAGUGCCCCUGCCGAGCCCACGUCAUCGGCCGGGACUGCUCCCGCUGUGCCACUGGUUACUGGGGCUUCCCGAAUUGCAGACCCUGUGACUGUGGCACCCGCCUCUGUGAUGAAGGCACUGGCCAGUGCAUCUGCCCACCCCGUACCAUCCCACCAGACUGUGUGGUCUGCCAGGCUCAAACAUUUGGCUGCCACCCCCUGGUGGGUUGCGAAGAUUGUAACUGUUCUCGCCCUGGUGUCAAGGAUCUCACAGACCCUGGCUGUGACUUGGACAGCGGGCAGUGCAAGUGCAAACCCAAUAUUGUCGGCCGCCGCUGUGACGCUUGUGCUCCUGGCUUCUACGGCUAUCCCAGCUGCCGGCAAUGCCAGUGCCACGAAGCAGGCACAGUGGCUGGAGUAUGUGACCCUGUAACUGGCCAGUGCCAUUGUAAGGACAAUGUAGAGGGUAUGCGCUGUGACCAGUGCCGUCUGGGCACCUUCUCCCUGGAUGCUUCAAACCCCAAGGGCUGCACUCGCUGCUUUUGCUUUGGGGCCACUGACCGGUGCCGGAGCUCCCAGCAAGUCCGUGGAGAGUUCAUAGACAUGCAAGGGUGGGUGCUGCUGAGUGGUGAGCGUCAGGAGGUGCCGACCUCACUUCGUGUGGAUGCUGGGCUGGUCCAUGCUGAUCUACGGAAUGUCCCAGAAGCAUUUCAAGACCUUUACUGGCAGGCACCUGCCUCCUACCUGGGGGACCGGGUGUCAUCUUACGGUGGGAGCCUGCACUAUGAGCUGCACUCAGAGACCCAGCGUGGGGAUGUCUUUGUCCCUACAGAGAGCCGGCCAGAUGUGAUCCUGAAGGGAAACCAGAUGAGUAUCACUUUCCUAGAGAGUUCCUACCCAGCUCCUGGGGACAUUCAUCAAGGGAAGGUGGAUCUGGUGGAGGGCAAUUUCCGUCACACAGCAACUCACAACCCAGUCUCCCGGGAGGAGCUAAUGAUGGUGCUGGCUGGUCUGGAGCAGCUGCAGAUUCGUGCCCUCUUCUCCCAGAUCUCCUCAGCUGUCUCCCUUCAGAGGGUGGUGCUAGAGGUGGUGACAGAUGCCCCUGGGGGAACCCAGGCCAGCAAUGUCGAGGUCUGCAUGUGUCCUGCCAACUACCGUGGGGACUCGUGCCAGGAAUGUGCUCCUGGCUAUUACCGAGACACCAAGGGCCACUUCCUGGGCAAAUGCAUUCCAUGCCACUGCAAUGGGCACUCAGACCAAUGCCUCCCAGGCUCAGGCAUCUGCGUGGGUUGCCAACACAACACUGAGGGUGACCACUGUGAACGAUGCAAGGGUGGCUUCGUGAGCAAUGCAACCCAAGACCAAUCAUCUUCCCUCUGCAUCAGCUGCCCCUGCCCUCUCUCUGUGCCUUCCAACAACUUUGCCGUUGGAUGUGUCCAUAAAGGUGGGGCCACCCAGUGUCUCUGCCAGCCUGGGUAUGCUGGAGCUUCUUGUGAGCGGUGUGCUCCUGGAUACUAUGGCAACCCCCUGGUGAUUGGCAGCUCCUGCCAGCCUUGUGACUGCAGUGGGAAUGGUGACCCUAACAUGCUGUUCAGUCACUGUGAUCCACUGACUGGGGCAUGCUUGGGCUGCAUGUACCAUACAGCAGGUCCCCACUGCGAGAGCUGUGCUCCUGGUUACUAUGGCAAUGCUUUGCUCCCCAGGAACUGUACAAAGUGUGACUGCUCACCCUGUGGGACCGAGGUGUGUGAUGCUCGGACUGGGCGGUGUCUGUGCAAAGCUGGGGUGACUGGUCAGCAUUGUGAUCGCUGUCAGGAUGGACACUAUGGCUUUGACAGUUGUGAAGGCUGCCGGCCCUGUAACUGUGGUCUGGCUGCAAUUGGGUCCAGCUGCCACUCUCAGAGUGGACAGUGCCAUUGCCAGACAGGGGUCAGUGGAGCACAGUGCCAGCAGUGUGCCCCUGGCUACUGGGGGUUCAGUGAACAUGGCUGUACCCGCUGUCAUUGUCAAGGAGGUCACUGUGAUCCCCGCACAGGCGAGUGCACCUGCCCCCCUGGAUUAAGCGGUAAACAGUGUGAUUCCUGCAGCCACCAGCAUCAAGUACCUGUGACCCAUGGCCCUGGUGGUGUCCACUGUGAAGUGUGUGACAGCUGUGUGGUGCUGCUGCUAGAUGACCUGGAACGGAUAGAGUCACUCUUCCCCACCAUCCGCCAGCAGCUCACUAGCCUCAAUGCCAGCUCUGUGGCCUGGGCCCGAUUGCAUGGAAUCAACAGCUCCAUUGCUGCCCUAGUGAAUCAGCUUCGAGGUCCACUGGGGUCUCGGGAACCAACAAGACAGAGACUAGACGAGCUGGAACGUCAAAGUGGAGUGCUGGAGGAAGAAGCUAACAUGCUUCAGAGCAAGGUGGCAGAUGCUCGAGCCCAGGCAGGUCAGCUACAGGAGAGUUCUGGGGACACCCUACAGCGGGCAGAGACCUUGCUACGGAGCAUCCAGAAUGUGGAACGUGCUCUAGGGGAGUUGAUAUCUCAGAUGGACAGACUCUCCCCAUCUAAUGCCAGCACAGCCUCUGGUGAAGAGUUCCUUCAGACUCUGGGGGAGGUGGAGCGGAUGCUACAAGAGAUGCGGGCCAGGGAUUUCGGAGGGCCACGAGCUGUGGCUGAAGGGGAGCUGGGAGAGGCACAGAGAUUACUGAACCAAGUGCAGAGUCAAUUAACCAGCCGGUGGGAAGAAAGCCAGACCUUGGCAUCGAGUAUCCGGGAGCGGUUGGCUCAGCACAGCUCACAACUCAUGGACCUCCGAGAUGCCUUGAAUGAGGCUGUAAAUAAGACGCGUCUCACUGAAGAACUCAACAGUCGGAAUCAGGAACACCUGGAAGAGAGGCUGCAAAAGAAACAGGAGUUGGAGAGGGAGAAUGCGACGCUGAGGGAUACCCUCCGCAUGGCUGAGGAUGCCUUAGCUCAAGUCUCUGAACUUUUGGAGACCAUGGACAGGGCCAAGGAGGAAUAUGAGCGUCUGGCAGCCAACUUGGAUGGUGCCCGGACCCCACUGACAGAGAAGAUGCAGAAAUUCUCUCCUGCAAGCAGUAAGAUUCCUAUUGUAGAGCGGGCUGAGGAACAUGCCCGAGAGCUCGACCAGCUUGCCUACAACCUCUCUAGUAUCAUUCGUGGCACAAACCAGGAUCGGUUCAUUCAGCGAGCAAUUGAAGCCUCUAAUGCUUAUGCCAGCAUCCUUCAGGCUGUGGGGAAGGCUGAGGAGGCUGCUGGCCAAGCGCUACACAAUGCAACCAACACCUGGGAGAUGGUGAUUCAUGGAGGGCUGAGUGCCCGAGCUCGGGAGCUCCGGGAGAAUAGCAGUAUCCUGGAAGAAGCUGUCCGCAGUCAACAGAGGAAAUUGAGUGGAGUCAUUAGAGAAACUUUGCAAGCCUCUCGGACUCAACUGGAAGAAGCCAAAGCUAAGAAGGAUCGGCUAGCAGCCCAGCUGAAGGGUGUGCAGAGCAUGCUAGCCAUGGACAGAGAUGACACAAGUGAGAAGAUUGCCCGUGCCAAGGCAGUGGCCAUAGAAGCCAAUGACACAGCCACACAGGUCGGGGCCACACUGAGGGACAUGCAGAAGAAUCUGCAUCAAUGGCAGGGACAGUAUGGGGACCUGAAGAACCAAGACCUGGCCCAGGCUAUGGAGGAUGCUGGGAAAUCAGUAUCCAGUCUAGAGAAGACCCUGCCUCAAUUGCUGGCCAAACUAAGCCACCUAGAGAACAAGAGAGGCCAGAAUGCCAGUCUGGCCCUCUCCAACAGCAUCUUACGUGUGCGAGAACUCAUUACCCAGGCCCGUAGUGCUGCAAGCAAGGUGAAAGUGCCCAUGAAAUUCAAUGGCCGCUCAGGGGUGCAGCUGCGGCCCCCCCGGGACCUGCAGGAUCUGGCUGCAUACACAGCUCUCAAGUUCUACAUCCAGAGCUCAGAGCCACCGCAGCAGCGGGGCCAGGAUGGCAGCAGCCAAUUUGUCCUCUAUAUGGGCAGUCGUGAGGCCUCUGGGGACUACAUGGGGGUAAUCCUGCAUGAGCACAAGGUGCAGUGGGUUUACCGGCUUGGGGAGGCAGCCCACAGGACCCUGACCAUUGAUGAGGACAUCGGGGAGCAGUUUGCUACCGUCAGCAUUGACAGGAUCCUUCAGUAUGGUCACAUGUCUGUCACGAUGGAGAAGCAGACAGUACAUGAGACCAAGGGACAUAGUGUGUACCCUGGGGACCAGGGUCUACUCAACCUGAGACCCCAAGACUUUGUCUUCUAUGUGGGAGGAUACCCUUCCAACUUCACGCCUCCCAGGCCUCUGCGUUACCCUGGUUACCGGGGCUGCAUUGAGAUGGACACCCUGAAUGAGGAGGUUGUCAGUCUUUACAACUUCCAGAGGACCUUCCAUCUGGACACAGCCUUGGACAAACCCUGUGCCAGAUCUAAGUCCACGGGGGACCCCUGGCUGACAGAUGGUUCCUACCUGGAUGGCACAGGCUUUGCACAUAUCAGCUUUGAGAGUCAGAUCAGCACCACCAAGCGCUUUGAGCAGGAACUGAGACUGGUCUCCUAUACUGGCAUCAUCUUCUUCCUUCAGUACCAGGACCAGUUCCUAUGCCUGGCUGUCCAAGAAGGCCACCUCAUCCUCUACUAUGAUUUCAGCCAUGGGCUGCAGAUUGCCACGCCCCAACAGGAGCUGACACCCCUUACCUCGUCCAACAAAGCGAUCCAGAUUUUCAUCAUGGGUGUGACGGGUCGAAAGCGGGUCCUGGUCCGAGUGGAACGAGUGUCCGUCUUCAGCUUGCUGGAGGAGAAUAUGCUGGAGAAUGCUGACUCCUAUUACCUGGGAGGAGUUCCUCUGGCCCAGCUUCCCCCGAGCCUAAGAUCCUUGUUCCCCACUGGGGGCUCAAUUCGAGGCUGUGUGAAGGGUCUGAAAGCCCUUGGUAAAUAUGUGGACCUGAAGAGACUGAAUACAACAGGCAUCAGCUCAGGAUGUACUUCGGACCUCCUGAUUACACGAUCCAUGACCUUCCAUGGGCAUGGCUACCUGACGUUGGCCCUCAGAGAUGUGCCCCCUAUUACUGGAAACUUCUACACUGGUUUUGGCUUCCGUUCCACACAGGACAGUGGUCUCCUCUACUAUCAUGCCUCACCGGAGGGUAUUUUCCAGGUGUCCCUAAGACAAGGUCGUGUGACGCUCAAGUUCCUUAGGACAGAGGUCAUGACAAGAGGUGCUUAUGCUGAUGGGGUUUCGCACUAUGUUGCAGUCUAUAGUAAUGACACAGGGCUCUGGCUGUAUGUGGACGACCAACUCCAAGGCGUAGAGCACCAAGGGGGCCGGUCUCGUCGUCAGGCUCCAGCCGAGGAUCCUCCUCGCUUCCUCCUUGGGGGGCUGCCUGAGUCUGGUGCCUUCCAAAAUCUGACUGGCUGUAUCAGCAAUGUCUUUGUCCGGCGGGUAUUAGAGGCCCAGCAAGUUGUUGACCUGCAGCAGAAUAUUCAGAAUGUCAACGUGACCACAGGCUGCACUCCCCCAGAUGAACCACUCCAGCUAAGGGCAUCCCCAAGGAAGUUCCGAAGGAAACCCAAGGCUGCUCUCCAUGACCAAGGGAUACCCCCAGACUCUGCUUGCCAGUUCCCCACCCAUCCCAAAACCAUCAGAAAUGCCUACCGAUUUGGGGCUUCUCCUGCUAGCCAUAUGGAGUUUGCUCACAUCCCAUUCUCUUUCCAGGAACGGACCCACUUCUCUAUGGAUGUCCAGCUUCGCUCACCUCGUGGGCUCCUUCUGGCUGUGCCUGCUGUAAAGUCAGGAAGCCCCUUUUUGGUCCUCUACCUCAGUCAUGGCCACUUUGUCCUCCAGGCUGGAGGCCAUGGAAAACCUUUUCGAGUCCACAGCCAUGAGCGAUACAAGCCAGGAGGUUGGCAUACGGUCUUUUUCAGCCGAGAGCAGAAUCGAAUUCAGCUGGUGAUUGAUGGGCUUCGGGCUCAGAGCAGUAAGGGGCCACGUGCCCGCCAGAGAGCAUUGCUGGGCCACGGACCAAUCUAUGUGGGUGGCAUCCCCUCCGGCCACAGCUGGACUCAUCUCCCAGAAGCAGCUGGCGCUGCCUUUAAAGGGUGCAUGAGGAACCUCAAGCUGAAUGGACAGCCUCUGGGGACCCCAACACAGCUCCAUGGGGUGAUACCUUGUUACACUGGGACCCUGGAGAAGGGACUAUUCUUUGCUGCAGAAGGGGGAACUGUAAUGUUAGAUCCCCCUGAGGUUUGGGGGCCGGACCUGGAACUGGUGCUGGAGGCACGUCCCUGGACAGCAGUUGGACUCAUCUUUCACCUAGGGUCAAGGCAGGGACCACCCUAUGUCAGACUUGAAGCAGAUGGGGACAAGGUGCUUGUCAGAGCCAACAAUGGGGCAGGAGAGUUCACCACAUCAGUGACGCGGCCUCCUCUCUGCGAUGGACAGUGGCACCGGAUUGCAGUGAUCAAAGGAAGAAACGUGCUCCAGCUUGAUGUGGAUACAGAAGGCAAUUACACAGUGGGUCCUGCCGUAGUUCCUUCCAUCAUCACCAAAGAACCUCUUUACCUUGGAGGUCUACCGGAGACUUCGAAGCCCAUGGUUCCACCAUCAUCUCUACCUGGUUACUAUGGGUGUAUAAGGAAUCUUGUGGCAAACCGUCGCCCUAUCGACCUGACACGCCCUGGCAUUAUCCAAGGGUCAGUGGGUGCAAGUGGCUGCCCAGUCAUGUAAAUAAAUGGCCCAGACACACAGAUUAAAGUUGCCCUGCUGCAUAUAGCCCCUCUGGCCCCUCUCUCUGGUUAGUAAGUAUUGGCAGACUCUGCACUCCAUUAUCUUUUCAGUAUUUUUCACCCCAAGUGGGGAAAUUUGGAUAAUUGACUUAAGCAUUAGACACUUUACAACUUAUCAUGUAUAAGGAAGUAAAUUUAACAUAUCUUCUGUAAACAAAAAACCAAAAGUGGGGCUACGCAUUUCUGGGCCUGAGAUGGUGCUAAGAAAAGGUGGUACUCCAGUCAUGCUGCUGGUUUGCCCACCAUCCGUAGAAUCUCAAAGCUGGAACGGACCUCUAGAGGGAAUCUAGUCCACCCCAGACCAAAACAUGAAUUCCUUUUCUCCUUCUGCAACAUCCCUGAGACCAUCCAGCUUCUGUUUAAAGAUUCUAGGGAUGGAGAACUCACUACCUCUCGUUCCGUUUUUGAAUAGCUCUACUCCUGAGGAAGAUUUUCCUUACCUUAAGCUUAAAUCUCGCUCCCUGCAACUUUUAGCCACUGAUCCUAGCUCUGCUCACUUGGGCCAAAUUAAAAAAAAAAAAUCUAAUCUCCCUUCCACAUGACAGCCCUUCAGAUACUUGAAGAUUGUGAUCAUGUCUCUGCACCACUAAGUCUUCUCCAAGUUAAACACCUCUCAUUCUCUUAAUUGAGCCCCAUAAGUUGCUUUGAGUCCAUCUAUUUAUUCCCAUUCUAUGCUUCCACCCUCUUCCUUCCUUUCCGGGUCUUAGUCACUGAUUCUUAUGGUUGUAGUACAGUUCCAAUGAUAAAACUUUUCUUCUGUCCACCUAGCUCACUUUGUGCACUUACACAUUUAUAUGUUUUUUUAAUAUACAUAUGCAUAUAUAUAUUUGUGUGUAUAUAUCUAGAUGUAUGGGGGAAUGAAUCUUAUGUCUGGAAAUGAUUUAUAAAUUAUGUUUUUUA